UGUAUUUUUAAAUAAUAUGAAUUGUAAAAAUAUAUGUGUUCCUUAAGACGCCCGAUUUUUCAUUUUCUUUGAAAAACUUGUGAUCUUUCAAAAUCCCGCAAAAAUCGUUGAAUACAGAAAUGUGAAUGAACUUUUUAUGAAACCGACUGAGCCACCGUCAACAUCAUCAAAUUUUGACCACGGGACGUAGUGUUGCGAGGCUGGCGAAGAUAAAUUUGUUAUAAAAUCGAUCGUAAUAAAUACGGCAAGUGAGUUAUUUAACGAUGAUUCAAUUAUGUGUGCGUUAUAUUUGAUAAAAUGUAAUGAAAACCGUUCAUUGUUUAGUGUAGUGGAUGUUAAAAUACCGCGACGGAUUGUGGUAGUGUCAGCAGGUGGAUUGGUAUGAAACAUCUUCAGAGAGGCAUUUAAACAUGAUAUCUUGUACGAAACGGGCUGCAGCCCUCCUGAAAACGUUAUGAAAUGCAUAUAUCAGAAAUUCAGCUUCCUUCAAACAACAUCUUGACAAAAUGUUCCAAAAUGACAGAAGAAGGGCACAGACUAUAUGGAAUGAAUGGGAAUGCUGACAGAAACAUUAAGGAGGAGUGCCACAAGACUAAUUAUGGACAGGGAGGACGUCUAAAGUUCUUUAAAGAUGGAAAAUUUAUUUUGGAACUGGAAAGGGCUCGAGAAGGUGAAAGAGUUUCCUGGGUGUCUGUACCCCGAAAGACUUUUUGGCCGCCACAAGGGACAGCUUCUUCGACCCCAGCAUAUCGACAAGAGAGCAGUACCUCUCUUAGUGUUUCAGACGACAACAGCUCCAUACAGUCGUCUCCGUGGCAGCGGGACCAUUCCUGGAAACAAACCAACCCGUGCCGCAAUAUGUCGAAAGAAAUGGUCCUAUACUUUUGGAGACCCAAGAAGAAAAGGUUGACCAAGAGGAGCAGGAAAAGGAGGGCCCCCUACUCUGUCGCUCCAGAGCCAGAGAGUAAUAGUGUUGUGUGCAGUGAAAGGACUUCCGUAAAAGAUAAGAAAAAUUGCAAACGUCUUCUGGUCAUUGUACAAAAUCUCAUUGACAAGAACUUUAGAACGAGCACUCCGCCUCGCACAGAAACGGUGGUGUCCCCCAGGAAGCGCUUCCUCCGCGAGAUGGAGAAGGACAAGGUCCAGGUCGAGGACACCAACUGCCAGAAAAGGAGCAGGAGCAAGCCGCAGCCGACCCAGAUGAUCCCCGUGUCGCCGCCGCAGGCGGUCAAGGUGGGCAGUCCGGGCCUGGCGAACGGCACGGAAGACACCAAGCCGCCCCGGAACUGCAGCUACAGCAUCACGUCCUUGCUGGCUGAGGACCGCAACGUGAAACGUUCGCCCAGCAACUCUCCUAGUCACUAUUCCCCCGUGGCUCAGCCCCAGUACUGCUCCCCGUCGUCCGAGGACAGGUGGUACACCGAGAGCGUGGAUAGGCUGCGUUCGAUCGAGUUGUCGCAAGUGGAAAAGUGCGGGGGUUACCCACCGUACCCGCCGCCCCAGUCUUACCUCGGGCCGUACAUGUACCCGUUUCCGCCGAUGCCCCCCUAUUACGGCGCCGGGGUCUACGGCAGAGGAUACGUGGUGCCCGCCGUCUAUCACACGUCUCCGAUGCACGUCCCCAUCAGACAUGAGACGCCCUCCUGCUCCUGGUCCGCCGAACCCGGGGACGUGGACCACCGGGAGGAAACAAUUACAGAUAUGCCUCUAAAUCUUUCUAAACAUUCUGGAUGAAUCAAAAUGUGCCUUCCAUUAGAAAUGUAGAAGUAUACCGUCAUUGAAGUGAAUCUUAACACUUAAAACGAAAUAUACACAAAAUACCAUACGCAGACAUACAUACAAAAAAAAAAAAACUUAGGCAGGCGUAAAUGCUUGCACCAUGUAACAUUGUCCUAAAAUUUCAAGUGGCGUAACUUUGGAUUCUAAAUCGAAACGUCGACACCGACGUCGGGAACGAUUAUUCGCGUGCGAAAGGUUUAAUUAGCUUUAAAGUAUGGAAAAUGUGCAAUUGAUGGCUCUACAAGUAAACUGUAGAUAUUAUUGAGUGUAUAUAUAGUUUCAUAUUUUUUCUUUUUUUUUUUGUUGUAUAAAUUCGUGUAUUAUUUAAAGCAUACUUCAAAAGUUUCCUAGGGAUACGUUGGAACAACUUAUUUGUAAAUGUAUAUAUACCUUCUUAAAAAUUGUAUAUAAUAUGUCAAACAUAUCAUUUCACUAUUUAUUUAGAAAAUCGUAGGGAUCUUACGAUCAAAACUGUCGCGAAACGAUUAUUUUAAUUGAAAAACCGUGUUUGAAACGUUACUAGCGGCCGAAAAGAUCACGGUUUUGAAUUUACGACAAAAACAAGACAUGAUUUACGCAUGGCAGGAAUUGCAUUUCGACAUUUGACGUGGGGCGAGAGGAAACGGGAAAAUGGGGAGUUCCUUCGAAUCACGCAUAAAUUUGUGUAUUUUACAGCUGUUUGUAUAUAUUUCUAACAUGUACGUGUGACAUUUUUACCAUUAAAAUAACAAAUUGUAUAGAACAACUAUAUUUUCAUAUUUACGAGCUAUAGAAAAAAAGUUAGUGGAAUCUUUAAAAAAGACAAUAGGUAAGUUGUAGCGUAACAUAUUUUUUUGUAUGCCGGCUGUCCCGCAAGUCCCCAACAAUCGAUGGGACGUGAUGGAGAACGGGAAAACGCCCAACGAUUUUCAAAUUAAUACAGUUUUUGUAGGGUUUAAAAUAAUUUUUUUUACAACAGGACUUCCGAUAGUCGCUUUCGUUUUGUUUGGGAUUUACGGGACGCCCCGUAUAAGGACUCUAUUAUCGUCUGAAUAUUUAGAGUAUAACUAAUUUCCUAUUUAAUAACGUUAUUAAUUCUUUUUAUAUAUAUUGUAUUUUGUGCCAUCUGCUAUUAAUAAUUCCGGUUGGGAUCGAACAUAUUUUUUUUGUUCCGAAAAAUUUAUGUUGAAGGUCUGAGCCCCGCUUCCAUAAUAUACGAUCACUUUUUUUUUUUUGAAAGACAGUUAUUGGCACUUAAUUAUUGUGAUAUGAGUGAAUAUUUAACUUUGUAACUGGAGUCCAACCUAUGAACUGAAUAUUUAUACCUGUAUUUUCUAAUGUUAGGCCUCUAAAAGUGUAUUGUACAGUAAAAAUAUAAUUGUUUAAUAGAG